AUGUAUGGUCGAUCAUUAUGUAUGAUAUCUCGAUUGGCUAUAAAAACAUCUCAUGUUGGAAGUCGAUGUCUUGUUGCGUCCUAUAAUAAUCAUUUACUUGACUUUUCCCAACAACCCAACCGAUAUUUAGCUCAACAAAUCCCAAAUAGGCGACCACCGAGUCGUAUUCGACGAUUUCUUCGUUGGUUUGGAUGGGGGGCAGAGCCAGUCGUAUCAACUCUUCCACAACCACCACCACCUGCUACCACAAUGCAACGAGUCAAACGUUUUCUAAUGCUCUCACCUUCAAUCGAACGGUUUCUCCUUCGAUCUCAUAUUAUCGAAGAUGAAGAUUUAGCAAGAUUACUUUCUAAAACUGCCGCUAUAUCAAUCUAUGCAAUAAUAACAGUGACGACACUUGGCACACUUGGAGUCGAUACAAAACCGCUGCUAGCUGGUAUUGGUAUUACUGGUUUUACUAUUGGUUUUGCUUUGAAAGAAGUAGCAACAAAUUUCAUAUCGGGAAUCUUUCUUGUCAUCAAUAAACCAUUCGUUCGAGGGUGUCGGAUCAAAAUUCAUGGAAGUGGCGGUGGAAUCGAAGGUAAAGGACAAUCUUAA